ACCAAUUAUCAAGGCGACUUUGAAAAGUUUAGAAGAAUAAAGGUGUUUGGCGUUCAGAUAUAUUAUCACAACUUUUAUGUCUAUAGCAUGUGUAUGCCCUUCUCAAGUGUUUAUUAUUUUAAACAGGAAAACAAAUUCUCUUAUCCAACGAUAAUGUUUUUGGUAUUCAAGGAUUUACCAAUAUUUGCCUCGAAUUUGUGGAUCAUGCGGAAUAUAAUUAUUUCAAGUACUGAGAAUAUAUUGGCUUACGUUACAAGUGUUCCUACUGAAUUCGGUAAUGAUGAUACUGUGAUUGAUAAA